AUGGUCCCCAGGCCUCCAGCCCACGUUAAAGACACUCAGGCUGUUCUGAAAAGACGCAUAACCAGGACACAACCUAAUCCCCGCCUCUUAAAUGCACGUGAGAAGUUGCUUUUUCCUGGAUGGGACACGAAAUCACCUUUGUCUCAACAAAAAGAGCAGCUUUACAGACGCCGUGAACGACCUCAUGUCCACCUGCCCCCCCUCCAGUCCAAACCCAAGGAUCAUUUGACUCAUAAAACCGUGUCCACGUCAAGUCCUUCCAAAUGGCCCUUUUCCAUUAUGAAGGAUGGACAGCUGGAUCCUUCCUCCUCACCUAAAAUUUAUCAGUACAGCAAGAAUAAUUACUUGAUGAUUAGCCAUCGGGGUGUAGUAUCUGUGCGUGAGAGUGAAAUGGAGUGUGUGACCUUUGAGCGCUGGGAAAAGGAAUAUAACAUCGACUGUGAGCUCAGGCGUAUCCCCUUCUUUGCACACUUCAAAAUAUUGAAACCCUUCAAUGCCUGGCGCAAAGUGAUUUGCACCAGGAAGAUUCUUGGAGCUAAGGAGGUCCUCAAAAAACAUUUAUUUAUUGUUAAUGAGUCUCUUAAUCCUUCACUGAUGGACAUCAGGAGAAUGUGUUUCCAAAUCAGUGAAACAGGGCUUUUUCAUAUGAAGAAAAAACACACCUACACACUGCAGGAGUUCCAGGACGCCCAGUUCCAACAACUACAGGAGGUACUGACUGAUCUGGAGAAGUUUAAAGAGCUGGUAAAGAAGGUGACGUUUGGUGCCUGUCGGAACUUUGAGACAAACCUGAACAGUGGCUUUAUCCGUCUUGUUGACUAUUUGGUGGUGAACAUGUUGCACAUGCUGGUUGUAAAUGGAGUGUCCAACCUGCUGGUGGUCCUCCAGGAGCAGGUAGGUAGAACACCGACCCAGACCCAGAUACAGAGCUGGAGCUGUCAGAGUGAUGCUGCUGAGGCCGCUGAGGGAGACAAGACUAAGAAGGAGAAGGUAGUUGCCCAAGAUCCACCUCUGUUCAUCACUGAGCUGGUGUUGAGUACCAGUAGUUUGACCUACGUACCCUCAGAAGACAACUUCCAGGAGGCUGUUGCAGAGAUCAUUGGGAAGUUUGAGAAAACAGUCUCAUCGUUUAAGACACUUACAGCAGAUCCCGACUUUGAUUCACUCAUCGACAAAAGUGUGAAAAAGAAAUUGGAAGACAUCUAUGAAGGAGGCCCUUGUUUGGACUUAAUCUUGGAAAAUGACAGUCACUUUCAAAACGUCAUCUCCAACAUCAAGGUAUCACUCCAGUUUGCCUUUGACAUGGCAAAAAUCUACUCAUACAUGUUUGAGCCAUUUCGUCUGUUCUAUAAGGAGAAUGAGAGUCUGGAUGUGGAAGCACUGCUGCAGCAAGCUAAUGGUUUGGAAUUCUUCAGAAAAGCACUGGAAUUAUACCACAAUCAGCACAAGGAGGCCCAAGCCAUCCAACAGAAGAGACAUCUUGGCUUACUGCUGGUGGACAAAACACAUCUCAAAGAGAAAGUUUCAUCUUCUCCUCUCUGGUGUCUGGAGGUCAUCCACCAGGUGCUCACUCAGCUCGCUAAGAGGAAGCUGGAUGCUGUCAUUGCUGAGGCCCAUGAUGCUAAGUCCAAACUGGAAUUUAGCCCUUCCACUACAGCUGAGUUAGCCAACUUUCUUACAUUCCUGGAAGAGAUACAGCAGAGGAUUACGGAGCUGGAGGAGGAGCAGGAGACAGUGUGUCAGAUGUACAAUCUGAUCAACACAUACUCAGUUCCCACGCCCUCUGAGGAUCUUGUCCUUUUUGCCACUUUGCAACCCUCCAUUAAAUCAUUGCACAGGGUUAUUGAUGAGACAGUGAUGCAAGGCGAUACCAACAUGAACAUGUUGUGCUCAUCUCUGGAGAAGGACAUAAAGGAACUGAACCAUGCAAUCAGCAAAACCUAUAAUAAGUCACAGGAUAAACAGAUCCUGGACAUUAAUGCUGAUCCUGCCCAAGUGCGUCUGCUAUUAGAGGAGAUCCAGAUAUCUGUGGACGAGCUGCACUCUCAAGCAGCCAGCUACACUUCCUACCAGAAGACAUUUAAGGUACCAGUGACCAGGUUUGAGACCUUGGAGAAGUUAACUGUCGAGUUCCGUCUAAAGCAGCUUCUGUGGAACUCUCUAGAAGAAUGGGACUCUUUACAGGAUGGGUGGGGGCAGAGCUCACUUCAACAGCUGGAUCUGCAACAGUUUGACGCCCAGGUCAACAAAUACAGCAAGUAUGUCAACCAGCUAGAGAAGGGUUUACCACGGAACAGUGUGGUGUCUAGUCUAAAGGACAAAGUGGAAGUCAUAAAGCAAAGGCUGCCUGUGAUCACUGAUCUGUGUAAUCCGUGCCUGAAAUCAGAGCAUUGGAUGUCACUGGAGCAUGUCGUGGGGGUUUCCUUGAAUGUGAAAGAACUUACUCUAGCUGAACUGGAUGACCUCAAUGUAUUCGCCUACGGUUCUGAGAUACACCAGAUGUCAGGACAAGCGUCCGGAGAGGCAUCAGUUGAGAGUAUUAUUUCAAAGGUAGAGCAUGUGUGGGAGACCACCGAGUUCACUGUGCUUCCUCACGGUGACUCCAAAGAAGUCUACAUCCUGGGAGGCACAGACGAUAUUCAGGUACUCCUGGACGACAGCAUCAUCAACGUGGCCACAGUUGCAUCUUCCCGUUACGUCACUCCCAUCAAGUCAAGGGUGGACAAACUGCACAAAAAAUUAGGGCUCUUCAACCAAACACUGGAUGAGUGGCUGACAUGCCAAAGAAACUGGCUCUACUUAGAGAGUAUCUUUGUGGCCCCAGAUAUUAAGAGGCAACUGCCCGCUGAAUCCAAAAUGUUUCUUCAAGUGGACAAGUCCUGGAAGGAGAUCAUGGGGAAAGUUAAUAAGUUGCCCAAUGCCCUUAGAGCAGCCACACAGCCUAAUCUGUUGGACAUGUUUCAGAACAAUAAUGCUCUUUUGGAUGAAAUACGGAAGUGUCUGGAGGCCUAUCUGGAGUCCAAAAGAGUCAUCUUCCCCAGGUUUUACUUCUUAUCUAAUGAUGAGCUGCUUAAGAUCUUGGCUCAGACGAGAAACCCCCAUGCGGUUCAGCCCCACCUUAGGAAGUGCUUUGAUGGCAUUACACGUCUGGAAUUUGCGUUGCUGCCUGAAAAGUCUCCCAGUGCUAGUGGAACUCCAAUGGACACUGGAGAGCAGGAAACAGUCUAUAGUAAAGACGUCCUGAACAUGGUGUCUCCUGAAGGAGAGAAGGUGAGUUUGACUAAAGGUGUGAAGGCGCAAGGUAAUGUGGAAGAUUGGCUUUUGAAGGUGGAGGAGGCAAUGUUCUCAUCACUACGACGCCUCAGUAAGGUGGCCAUAGCAGACUACCAAGUGAAGGCUAGAGAGGAGUGGGUGGUGGCUGGACAUCCAUCACAGGUGGUGCUGACCGUCUCUCAGAUCAUGUGGUGCAGGGACAUGGAUGCCUGCCUUGACGGAGACCAGGACCACUCUGCUGCAUUGCAGGAAUUUGAACAGAAGAACUUUGAUAGGUUGAAUGCCCUGGCAGCUCUGGUGCGAGGACAUCUGCCUACUCUGCACCGUAAUAUUAUCACUGCCCUCAUCACUGUUGAUGUCCACGCCAGAGACAUCGUCACAGAUCUAGUCCAGCACAAGGUGGAAUCCAGGUCUAACUUUGAAUGGCAGAGGCAGCUGCGUUACUACUGGGACAUGGACCUGGACAAUUGUGUGGCCACUAUGGCUCUGUCCACUUAUAAUUAUGGCUAUGAAUACCUGGGAGCCUGUUCCAGGCUGGUCAUUACACCACUUACGGAUCGGUGCUACCUGUGUCUGAUGGGGGCACUCCAGUUAGACCUGGGCGGGGCUCCUGCUGGUCCAGCAGGAACAGGUAAAACAGAGACCACCAAGGACCUGGCCAAGGCCUUGGCUAUACAGUGUGUGGUUUUCAACUGCUCAGAUGGACUCGACUAUAAGAUGAUGGGUCGUUUCUUCAGUGGACUUGCUCAGUCUGGAGCUUGGUGUUGUUUUGAUGAGUUUAAUCGAAUUGACAUCGAAGUGUUGUCUGUCAUUGCUCAGCAGCUGAUAACCAUACGGAAUGCUAAAGCGGCUAAGCUGUCGAGGUUUCGAUUCGAGGGCAGAGAGAUCAAACUGCUGAACACCUGUGCUGCAUUCAUUACCAUGAACCCAGGCUACGCUGGGAGAACAGAACUACCAGACAACCUCAAAGCUCUGUUCAGACCCAUCGCCAUGAUGGUGCCCAACUACGCACUCAUCGCUGAGGUGAUUUUAUAUUCAGAGGGAUUUGAGUCCAGUAAAGUCCUAGCGAGGAAGAUGACUCAGAUGUACAGGUUGUGCUCAGAGCAGCUUUCCCAACAGGACCACUACGACUUUGGCAUGAGAGCGGUCAAGUCUGUCCUGGUUAUGGCAGGGUCCCUGAAGAGGAGUAACCCCCACCUCAGUGAGGAUGUGGUUCUGAUCAGAGCUCUGAGAGAUUCCAACCUGCCAAAGUUCCUCACUGAUGAUGCUGUUUUGUUUUGUGGGAUCCUAUCAGACCUGUGUCCUGGGGUGUCCAUCCCUGAGCAUGACUAUGGAGUUUUACAUUCCACCAUUCAGGAGUCUGUAGUUCAGAGAAACCUACAACCCCUACCCAGCAUGAUCAAUAAGGUCAUCCAGUUGUACGAGACCAUGGUAGUGCGUCAUGGUGUGAUGUUGGUUGGACCUACAGGUGGUGGUAAAACCACCGUCUACACCAUUCUGGCAGACACACUAGAGACCCUCCAUCACUCAGAGCACAAAGCUAAUGACCCAUUCUACCAACCUGUCAAGACCUAUGUUCUCAAUCCAAAGUCUGUAACUAUGGGAGAGCUGUAUGGGGAGGUCAACACUUUAACUCUGGAGUGGCGUGAUGGACUUAUGGCCCUGAGUGUUCGUGAUGCAGUCAAUGACACAACUGAUGACCACAAAUGGGUUAUCUGUGAUGGGCCGGUCGAUGCUCUGUGGAUAGAAAACAUGAACACGGUGCUGGAUGACAACAAGAUGCUCUGUCUGGCGAACAGCGAGCGAAUCAAACUUACCCCAUCCAUACAUAUGGUGUUUGAGGUCCAAGACUUGGCUGUGGCUUCUCCAGCGACAGUCAGUCGCUGUGGGAUGGUCUACAUUGACCCAGAUGAGCUCAAAUGGAUGCCAUAUGUCCAGACAUGGAUCAGUGGGCUAGGAGACAAGUUCCCAGACCCAGUGCAGAAAUACCUGCUGGAGCUGUUUGAGUGUUAUGUGGAGAAGGGUCUUCAGUUUGUGAGGAAGCAGUGCACCCAGGCCAUUGGUCAAGUGGACAUCAGUAAAGUCAGCACACUUUGUUUUCUACUUGAAGCGCUGCUGCUGGGUGUGGAUGGGCCUGACCUCACGAUGGAUUCUAAGAGCCUCCACUCUGUAAUAUGUCAGACCUUCAUAUUCAGUUAUUUAUGGGCACUGGGCGGUAACCUGACCUGUUCUUAUUGGGAUGCCUUCGACACAUUUAUCAGAGAGCAGUUUGAAAACAACGACAAUGUACAGCUUUCAAAGCAACGGAGCUUGUGGAGUCUGUAUAUGAAUUUUAAACAAAAGCAGCUGCAACCAUGGAAGAUGAUAAUUCCAUCAUUUCAAUACAACCGAGAGCAGCCCUUUAUUGAGACGUUGGUCCCAACCACAGACACGGUCCGCUAUGGAUACCUUAUGGAAAAACUAUUGUCUGUGCAGCGCUCUGUCCUAUUCACUGGUGACACUGGUGUGGGGAAGUCAGUGGUGGCUCGGGGCCUUCUUAACAGUAUCCAGGAAAAGGCAGAAUACCUUCCAGCCUUUAUCAACUUCUCUGCUCAGACCUCCUCCACCUGCGUUCAAGAGAUCAUUGAGUCCAAACUGGAGAAAAAGAGGAAGAAUGUUCUUGGUGCCCCUGGUAACAAGAAAUUAGUGGUUUUUGUGGACGACAUGAAUAUGCCCAAGCUGGACACGUACGGCUCUCAGCCUCCUAUAGAACUCCUUCGUCAGUUCCAGGAUUUUUCGGGCUUUUAUGACAGAACCAAGUUCUUCUGGAAGGAGAUCCAGGGAAUGACCAUUGCAGCAGCAUGCUGUCCUCCAGGAGGUGGGUGCAACCCUGUAACUCCUCGAUUCAUCCGCCACUUCAGCAUGCUGUGUCUGCCGACACCUUCAGAGCAAAGCCUUAAACAGAUCUUCCAGGCCAUUUUGAGUGGUUUCCUCAGCGACUUUUCUGAGGCGGUGAAAGACUGUUCUGGGCAGAUUGUGGAUGCAGCUGUGGAGAUCUACAACCGUUUGAGUGUGGAUUUGCUUCCCACUCCAGCAAAGUCCCACUAUGUCUUCAAUCUCAGGGACCUCUCAAAAUGUGUCCAAGGUAUACUCCAAUGUGAACCCACUCAAGUCAGAGAAAAGAUCCAGAUCUUCCGUCUUUUCUGGCAUGAAUGUCAGCGAGUUUUUCAUGAUCGACUUAUCAACAACCAAGACAAGUCAUAUUUCCACACCAUCGUCUGUGAGACAGCCAGUAAAUAUUUUGGAAUAUAUUUGGAACCCACAUACUUUGUGAGUCAGCCCAUCAUAUUUGGAGACUUCAUCAAGGUGGAAGCAGACAAAGAUGAGCGUCUGUAUGAGGAUCUGACAGACAUGGAUCAAAUCCAGGCUGUUCUUCAGCACUACCUCGAUGACUACAACAUGACCUUCUCCAAGGAGACCAAGCUGGUCUUCUUCCAGGAUGCCAUUGAGCAUGUGUCCAGGAUUGCCCGUAUGAUUCGGCAAGAAAGAGGAAAUGCCCUGCUGGUGGGGGUGGGAGGCACAGGAAAGCAGUCUCUGACUCGGCUAGCGGCCCAUAUGUGUGGGUAUCGCUGCUUUGAGAUCGAACUGACUCGAGGCUACAGUUAUGACAGCUUCCAUGACGACCUCAGGAGGCUUUACAAGAUGGCUGGUGUGGAGGGCAAAGAUAUGGUCUUCCUUUUUACAGAUACUCAGAUUGUGGUGGAGGACUUUUUGGAAGAUAUCAACAACAUGCUGAACUCUGGUGAGGUGCCAAACCUUUUUGAAAAAGAUGAACUGGAGCAAGUCCUAGUGGCCAUGCGCCCUAAAGCAAAAGAGGCUGGAAUCAGUGAAGAGAACAGAGAUGAGGUGUUCCAGUAUUUCAUCUCUUAUGUUCGGGAGAAACUGCACAUUGUGUUGUGCAUGAGUCCUGUGGGCGAUGCCUUCAGGUCCCGCUGUCGCAUGUUCCCGUCAUUGGUCAACUGCUGCACUAUUGACUGGUUUGUACAGUGGCCCCGUGAGGCCCUACUGUCCGUCUCCAUGGCCUUCUUCCAGAGUGUUGAGUUUGGCAGUGAAAGGCUUAAGCAGAGCCUGUCAGCGAUGUGUGUGGAAAUACACAUGAGUGUCAGUGACAUGGCAGAGCGUUAUUACUCAGAGCUGAGGCGACGAUACUACACCACACCUACCUCCUACCUGGAGCUCAUCAACCUCUACCUGUCCAUGUUAGACAGGAAAAGACAACAGUUAGUGACGGCCAGGAACCGUGUGAAGAAUGGUCUGACCAAACUAUUAGAGACUAACGACCUGGUGGACAAGAUGAAAGUGGAAAUGUCUGCUCUGGAGACGGUCCUGAAACAGAAGUCCACUGAUGUGGACGCUCUCAUGGAACAGCUGACGGUAGACCAGGACAAAGCAGACCAGGUGCAAAAGGUGGUGAAAGAAGACGAGGCUCUGGCGAAGGUCAAGGCAGAAGACACUCAAGCUAUAGCUGAUGAUGCUCAAAAGGAUCUGGAUGAGGCUCUGCCAGCCCUGCACAGUGCAAUUCAAGCCCUGGAUUCCCUGGACAAAGCUCACAUCGUUGAAAUCAAGGUGUUCACUAACCCACCCGACCUGGUCAUGACGGUCAUGGAGGCUGUCUGCAUUCUGCUCAACUGCAAGCCAGACUGGUCAACUGCCAAACAGUUACUCGGACAGGCCAAUUUCCUCAAACGUCUGGUGGAAUAUGACAAGGAUAAUAUCAAACCACAGAUCCUGCUCAAACUCCAGAAGUACAUCAAUAAUCCAGAUUUCAUACCUGACAAGGUGGAGAAAGUAUCCAAAGCCUGCAGGUCAAUGUGCAUGUGGGUCAGAGCCAUGGAUCUGUACUCUAGAGUCCUCAAAGACGUUGGCCCUAAAAGAGAAAAACUGGCCAUGGCACAGGAGGAACUGGAUGUAACUAUGGCAACCUUGAGGGAGAAGCAGCAGAAGCUUCAGGAAGUGGAGAAUCAGAUCAAGGUUCUGCAGGAACAGUUUGACAACAGUGUCAAGGAAAAGGAAGAGUUAGUCAACACCAUGGCUCUGACAGAGGCCCGGUUAACCCGGGCAGGGAAGCUGACGUCCGCUCUGGGCGAUGAACAGGUUCGAUGGGACCAAAGUGUCGACCAGUUUGACCAAGAAAUCAUUAACGUCAUAGGGAAUGUGUUCAUUGCAGCAGCUUGUGUGGCCUAUUAUGGAGCAUUUACUUCCCAUUAUAGACAGCUGCUCAUUGACCAGUGGAUAAAACGGUGCCAGGACCUGGACAUUCCGAUCAGUUCCAGCUUCAGUCUGAUCAAAAUUCUAGGCGACCCUUACGUGAUCCGGCAGUGGAACACAGAAGGCCUCCCUCGUGACUCUGUCUCUACUGAAAAUGGCAUCCUGGUGACUGAAGGCCGCCGCUGGCCUCUAAUGAUCGACCCCCAGGAUCAGGCAAACAGGUGGAUCCGCUCAAAAGAAGCCAAGCAUGGUUUAAAAGUCAUCAAACUCACAGACCCAGACUUCCUCCGUAAUCUAGAGAAUGCCAUCCGCAUAGGCAUACCUGUACUGCUGGAAGAGCUGAAGGAAAGCCUGGAUCCAGCUCUAGAGCCCGUCCUCCUAAAGCAGACGUUUGUGUCUGGGGGACGAACAUUGAUCCGACUCGGAGACUCAGACAUCGACUAUGACAAAAACUUUAGAUUUUAUAUGACCACGAAAAUGUCCAACCCACAUUAUCUACCAGAGGUUUGCAUCAAAGUAACAAUCAUUAAUUUCACUGUGACUGAGUCUGGUUUGGAGGACCAACUGCUAAGUGAUGUGGUUCGUCUGGAGAGUCCACACCUCGAGGUACAGAGAAAUCAACUGAUUGUACAAAUAAACGAAGAUCGAAACCAGUUGAAAGACAUCGAAGAUCGUAUCCUGAAGCUUCUGUUCACCUCUGAGGGGAACAUCUUAGACAACGAGGAGCUGGUUCAGACUCUGCAGGAGUCAAAGGUGACAUCAGAAGCGAUAAAGCAUCGUCUGGAAGAAGCUGAGUCUACAGAGGUGAUGAUAAACACAGCAAGGGAGCGAUACCGCCCUGUGGCCACCAGGGGCACUGUGCUGUACUUUGUUAUUGCCAGUUUGUCUGAGAUCGAUCCCAUGUACCAGUUUUCACUCAAGUACUUUAAACAGCUCUUCAACACCACCAUCGAGGGGCUGGAAAAGAGCAGCGUUUGGGAGAACCAUCUGCAGAACCUUCUGGACCAGAUCCUACUCAACUCCUACAAUGAGACGUGUCCCGAGGGCCUGUUCGAACAGCAUAAGCUCAUCUACAGCUUCCUGGUGUGCGUCCAGAUCCAGAGGCAGCGUGGGGACAUUGAUGCCGAAUGGCAGUUCUUCCUGAGAGGAGCUGCUCCCUGUUUCCAGGAGUAUGCCAAAUGUCCAGAUGUGCCAUGGCUCAGUGAUUUUCAGUGGCAGACGUGUCAGGAUCUGGAGCAUUCACUGCUGUGUUUCAAGGGCAUCUCAGAGGAAAUGACCAGAACCCACAUCCCCGUCACCCUGGGACAAUUUCAAGGGUCUAUUAAUCCAGAGACUUGGGAAGGCUACAUGUCAGAGUUGAAGACAGAGGAUGGGUUCAAAGGUCACUGGGAUGAAAGGCUGAGCUCCUUCCAGAAGUUAGUCCUCAUCAAGAGUUUCCUGGAGGAGCAGGUUGUAUCUGCAGCCACUGAGUUUGUGAUAGUCAGUCUGGGGAAGCAGUUUGUGGAAAACCCUCCAGUGGACCUGGUUCACCUUUACAGGGACAUGUCCCCCUCCACUCCACUGGUGUUCAUUCUAAGCACAGGCUCUGACCCAAUGGGCGCCUUCCAGCGCUUUGCAAAAGAAAAGGGGUAUCUAGAUAGGGUGGAGUCCAUCUCUUUGGGCCAAGGACAAGGGCCGAUAGCAGAGAAGAUGAUCCACGCAGCUGUGAAAAGUGGGAACUGGGUUUUCCUUCAGAACUGUCAUCUGGCUGUGUCCUGGAUGUUAUCCAUGGAGGAGCUCAUCAAGACCUUCACUGAACCUGACAAAUCCAUCCAUGAGAACUUCCGCCUGUUUCUCAGUUCCAAGCCGACCAAAGUAUUUCCUGUUACCGUGCUGCAAAACUCUGUCAAGGUGACUAAUGAACCUCCUAAAGGUCUGCGAGCCAAUCUGCGACGGGCCUUCACAGAGAUCUCCAACAGGUUCUUUGAAGACCACAUUCUAGGACACCAGUGGAGGAAGAUGGUCUUUGGAAUGUGCUUUUUCCAUGCAAUUGUCCAGGAGCGGAAGAAGUUUGGUCCUUUGGGCUGGAACAUCCGCUAUGAAUUUAAUGACAGUGACAGGGAGUGUGCCCUGUUGAACCUCAACCUGUACUGUAAAGAUGGACCCAUCCCAUGGGACGCCCUGGUCUACAUCACUGGUGAGAUCACAUAUGGAGGCAGAGUGACGGAUGUGUGGGACCAGCGCUGCCUCCGGACCCUCCUCAAAGGCUUCUUCUCCCCUCAGACCCUGGAGCCAGGAUACACCUACUCCUCCUCUGGUAUCUACUACGCCCCAGAGUCAAAUGAACUGGACCAAUACAGGAAGUACAUAGACAGUCUUCCAAUUAUAGAUGGUCCUGAGGUCUUUGGUAUGCACGACAACGCCAACCUGGCCUUUCAGCGACAAGAAACCGUGACCCUAAUCAACACCAUAAUGGAUGUGAACCCUUGUUCUUCAGUCCAUGACGGAGCUAAAAGUAAUGAUGAAAUUGUCUGUGAUUUGGCUGAAUCCAUCUUAGCUAAACUCCCAGACCGUCUGGACAUGGCUGAAUCAGCUGAGACCCUGUUUGUUCCAGAUGUAAAUGGUCGUAUUAACUCCUUAUCAACUGUGUUGGGACAAGAAUCAGACCGCUUCAACAACCUGCUGACAGUGCUCAGGUCGUCUCUUACCAAUCUGCAGAAGGCCAUUGCAGGUCUAGUGGUGAUGUCUGAGGAAAUGGACUGUAUCUACACCAGCUUCCUCAACAACCAGGUUCCCAAACACUGGGCAAACUCCGCCUACCCUUCACUGAAGCCUCUGGGGUCCUGGGUUAGAGACCUGGCCCUCAGGACCUCCUUCAUCCAGAGUUGGAUCAUACGUGGUCAGCCCAGAUCUUUUUGGAUCUCUGGAUUUUUCUUCCCUCAAGGGUUUCUUACUGGGGUGCUGCAGAAUCAUGCCAGAUGUUACAAUCUGCCCAUUGAUGAGCUCAACUUCCGCUUCACCAUGGUGCCCGUCUAUAGAGACCAGGUUGUGGUCUGUGAGGCACUACGCACUCUGGACAGUAACGCUAAACUGGACAUGGAUGACAAGUUACCAGAGGUAGAGGACGGUGUGCUCGUCCACGGCAUGUUCAUGGACUCCAGUCGCUGGGACGAUGAGAACAUGGUGAUUGAAGACGCGUUACCUCGAGUGAUGAACACCAUGCUGCCAGUGGUGCACUUUGAGCCUCAACAGAGCUACAUACCUGAUCCUGACCUCUACCACGCUCCACUGUACAAGACCUCUGCCAGAGCUGGAACCCUCUCCACCACUGGUCACUCGACUAAUUUCAUCGUGACAGUGUUGCUUCCAUCCAAGCGACCCAGUGAUUAUUGGAUAUCCAAAGCAUCUGCUCUCCUGUGCCAGCUGGAUGACUAAGUUUUUUC